CCAAUCCUCAAUCAGACCGCCACGGAACAUAAAUCGCUGAGGCAGUCGAGGGUCUUCUUUGAGCUGUCAGGGACAUCUGUCUGUCUCUCAUGCGACUACAUCCCGUGGACACGCAGCACCGCGCUAGUGACAGUCUCUGAAUUCAUAGAUCAGCGGGUCAGCGAGCAGGACAGCGCGCAGGACAGAAGGACCAUUAUCUGGGGCUCGAUGCAGAUGGCCGCCUCUGGCAUCGUGUCUAUCCGCCACCUCUUCCGGUCAGAGUGUUCGGGCAUAGGCGAGAUCUAUACUCUCACUCCUUCCACUCCCUCCACUCUCUCCACCGUUCCUCUCCAGCAGAUGCAUGUUGGCCAAGGUGCAAUACCCAAUGCUCUCGCAGACAUCCCUUGUGACCGCUUACCAAUCGGCGAUCUGCUCGCCAAACUCAACAAAGUCCUCGGUACGUCGUAUACGCUCAAAGCCCCCGGCGUUCGUGACUGCUUGGAGUAUGAGCUCAGCACUUUGCAUGACUUUGGGGAGGUGUACGGCACGCUACGCUCGGAGUGGUCAUACUGGCGGUCGUCUGAAGAUUCUGCCGCAGCACUCGCCAGGAUGAAGGAUCGUCGUGAUAAGGUCAAGGAAAGGCGGGACGGUACCAUUCGUGGCCACACCAUCCAAGAUUCCGGAAUCCCUCCUCGACGCGUGUGGGACCUGUAUAGCAACCGAGUCCUCCCAUUCCAUGUCAUGCCUCGGGCAGAUCGCGAGGACGACGGUUGGUUGCCCAGUAACCUGUGGACGGUGUCACACAGCUGGGUCCACGAACAAGAGCGCGAGCCCGUCAUGACUGCGAUCAACGGAUACCAAUGGCCUGUCUCGCUUCCGCGUGGUACCUCCCUCGACCACGUCCGCAUCGAGCUGCUCAACAUGGGCGCCAUGUACGUCUGGCUCGACGUCUCCUGUUUAUGGCAGGGGGGCGUCAAGGACGACGACAAAACUCGGCUCGAGGAAUGGAAGCUGGACGUGCCCACCAUCGGUCACAUCUACCGAGCCAAGCCACGUGAGAGACCGUGCAUCACGUAUUUCAACGGCUUGGGCUUGCCGUUCGAUCCGUCGCCAGCAGUUGUCGAGUCGGAUCGGCACUGGUUCAGUCGCGUGUGGACCGUGCAGGAGACCCGGUGGGGCUGGUUGCCCGGUGGGCUCACUGCGACGCCUCACGCCGAUGGCCCGAAGUUCUUUUCUCGGCUGCAGGACGUCUUGCAAAGUCUGACGGGUUUCCAUGCCAUUGAAGCCAUCAGGAAUCGCCACUGCACCACCGACGUCGACAGGAUCGCUGGUCUCGCUUAUUUCCUGGGGUGCCCGACGCUGCCGCUCUAUGAUCGAUCGGCUUCCUUGGAGUCCGCAUGGGCGUUGCUCAUCAAGCACAUGGAUACAUCGCAGCGGACAUCCCUUUUCGUGCGAUACGAGUCUGACGUGCCGUUCGGACUGUUUAUCUCAUGGGCAGGGUUUCUCAGAUUGACGUCCCGACUGGCGGCGGAUUUCCGUUGGGGGCAGCUGGAGCUGAAGCUGAAGGAUCCUCUAGACGUUUACACCAACGAGCCAGGACAGUAUCACCAUGUUCCAUCUGCCACCGAGCCGUGCUACAUCAUAUCCCCACCCGACGACACGCACCAAGGCAGCGGACCGCAAGUACUUCAACUCCGCUUCUACGGCCGCACUGAUCCUAUCACUGCGCAAGUCUCCACUACCAGAAGACACGGAUGUCUUGUCUCAAGUGUCCCGUAUCGCCUACUCCGUGUCGAGCUCUGGGGCACAAUCUGGGUUGCAGUUGAGGUGGUCGGAGAGCGGGAGUUGCGGGGCAAGAAGGCUCUUGAGGUGAUCAAGUGGGGUGUGAUUAAAAUGGGCUCGGGCCAGGGCAGGAAAUUGCGGAAGCUAGGACUAGUGAGUAAGGAUACAGGGGUGGUGUAUUUGUCGAGUGAAGAGGCCCUGGCCAGGAGCAAGCACGUCGAUAGGUACAUGGAGGCAUUCAACAGGACGAAGGAGAACCGGAGGGCGGAGAUCGGGUCGUAGUGUAUCUAGUUACGCACAACAACUUGAAGUGAGUACAGCGUAAGCUUCGAGUUCAUGGAUUAUAGGCAAAAUCUAUCGUAGUAGCCGCAGUAUGCAAGCUGUACGAGAGCAUCUGGCGCUUCCUCUUACCUGCCUCUGACUCACCUGCUGAUGUCUAA